CUUCUAUUCAGCAGCGCACAGUCAGGCGGCGCUCAACUUUCUUCCAGAUCUUAUGAACUGAUCUGAAAGCGCUACACGUUAUAGUGAGGUCUGGCUGGGAAACUGCCCGGAAACUUACCGACAUCUCCGAUAAAAUCUCGGAUUACGACGUAACGGGGAUAUAUGCAAACAUCUGCGGUUUUGAAGUUGUGGGAUUUUGAGAAGAGAAAGGCGUUUGAAAGCGAAUUUUACUUAUUUUGUGGCGUUAAGUGAGUCCUAUAAACUUUAUAACGGACUUGAUUAUUCGUGUUCAUACGCGUUUAAACGUUCAACGAGAUCCAACGGUUUAAGGUAUAAACGAUUUUUUUGUUAUAGUUUUAUUUUUAACGACGUUUUACCUGACGAAAAUGAACAUAUAUAGUGGAUCACACGCAAGUAGCUGGGAACUGAACGACUCUGUUAAAUCAUUUAAAAUGUAAUGGCCUCAAUUGAGGUUUAUAUUGAUAGAAAAUCUAUACGAUUUCACGUGGAAUUAUAAUAACAAUUUAAAACAACUGUGAUAAAGUCGAUUAGUUGUUCAAAUGUAUCCAAAAAGCCUAUGACACGGCAUAAGGGUUGACUCAUGGAUUUGUGGUAACCCUUCGUGCGACAUUAUUCUCAAAUCCUAUUUGAAAGCUUUAAUAAAAAGCCCAAGCAAUUGCUUCUACAAUGCGGGAUACAACUUUAAAUUUCAGUGGUUUACACAGGACUUGUUCCCUGGUGGUGCUACUGUGUUUCCUGCACAUUUUUGUUACUGUGAUAUAUUACGUUAGAAACUCCGAUUCAAAACAAGCAUUCGUACAAAACCAGCAAACCCCACAGAUCCACAGAAAACUGACCGAGCAAAAGGUCACUACAGAGGAACCCAGAGCACCACAGGCUAAUGCACCUUUAAAUGUGACCGAGAAACUGGAAACAUGUCCUGACAACCCACCUCGACUGGUGGGACCACUCCGGGUUGAGUUUUCUGACCCUGUCACCCUUGAUCUGGUGAGAAGUCAAAACCCAGAGUUGCAGCUCGGUGGACGGUUUAAACCUAAAGACUGCAUCGCCCAGCAGAAGGUGGCCAUGAUCAUCCCCUUUAGAAACCGUGAUGAACACCUAAAGUAUUGGCUCUAUUACCUGCACCCCAUCCUAGAACGCCAGCAGCUAGAUUACGGCGUCUACGUCAUCAAUCAGGAAGGCGAUGGGAUAUUCAACCGUGCCAAACUCCUCAACAUAGGUUACGCGGAGGCCCUGAAGGAGUACGACUACGACUGCUUUGUCUUUAGCGAUGUUGACCUCAUUCCCAUGGAUGACAGAAACAUCUACAAGUGCUUCAGUCAGCCCAGACAUCUGUCUGUAUCUAUGGACAAGUUUGGCUUCAGGUUACCGUACACGCAGUACUUUGGUGGCGUGUCGUCUCUUAGCAAAACCCAGUAUCUUAAGAUCAACGGCUUUCCAAACAACUACUGGGGCUGGGGUGGAGAAGAUGACGACAUAUUCAACAGGAUCAGCUCCAAAGGGAUGUCCAUAUCGAGGCCCGACGGGAUGAUCGGCAGGUGCCGAAUGAUUCGUCAUGAGAGAGACAAAAAAAAUGACCCAAAUCCUCAGAGGUUUGACCGAAUAGCUCACACAAGGCAAACAAUGGCAGGAGAUGGGAUCAAUUCACUAAAAUAUAAAGUUGUUAAAGUAGAAAAAGACCAGCUAUUCACAAAAAUCACAGUGGAUGUUGGGAAUCCGUGAUUUCUGCGGGUCCGACUCAACAACACUGCACAGCAACACUGGCUGUAAAAACCAAAUGUGCCUUGAUAUAUCAGAGACGAUCUUCAAAUUCUAUAUUUCUAAAAGACUUCAUUUUUUGCCAUCUUUGCACAUGCGAUGGUGAAAACGGGGAUCGAAACUUUAUUCCUAGAGAAUCAAAACUAUUCAGCAGCAAAGAGGACAUUUGAGACGGUUUCCAGUCUCGGACACUUUCGCUGGGAGAAAAGAUCUCUUGAGCCGUUUGACUGUGAUGUAAAUCGCUGACGAAAAUGUCCCGGUUUUGGGACGUGUGAAGAUUGUGGGUUGAUGUGUGUUUGGAAUUAUAUUUGUUGUUUUGGAAUCAUUGAGUGUGUGUUUGAAGGGAAAUCUUUGAUGGACUAAUUUUGUUAAUUUUGUGCAAAGUAAGCGAAUGCGACAUAAUAAGGCUGUUGAUCGUGUGUAGACGUACAGUACACUUAAAAAAUGCUGGGUUUGAAUUGAACUUAUACUGGGUUGUUUCAAUUAAAAAUUGAACCCAUUAUUGGGUCAAACCUAAACAUUUUCUGGGUGUUUUUGACCCAGCAUUUUUUAAAGUGUAUACCAGGCAUUUUUAUGAUCGGUAUACAUUUUCAAAUUACAUUUUUUUUCUUUUCUGAUUGCUGUAGCAGGUAUGUGUGAUUAAUGAGCCUUAAAUGACGUCUCUCUCUCUCUUUUUGAGACGAGACGUCUGAAUGUAUUGGCUUUAAUAUUUUCUUUUUCCAAGUGCUUGAUGUGAGCGGACCAAUAAUUGGCAUCCGUGCAUUAUUACAUCUGAAAUGACAUUCGAUUUCUCCUUUCUGUUUGAUCUUGAAUUAUCUUUGUUUUAUUUAGAUGCAGAAUGAAACUUACAGAUGUAUGCAGGUCACAUAAGGGCACAAUCACAUUCACACUCUACUGGAAUUACAACACGAAGCCAUUGACAACUUUUGUUGAUAAUGUAUUUUUCUUCUUUGUGUAAUGUUUGUCAAACCUUUCAGUGGAAACCAAAAAUGCCUUUUAUCUCAAAUGCAUGUCAGCUGUUUGCUCAAGUGCUUUUCAAGAUGGCUGCCCGUCCGUACACAAUGUACUGAAUAUUUAAGUCACGGCAGCCAAACGGGAGGAAUUUUUCUUUCCGUGUCGACCAACCCAAAAGGCCCACAGAUUUUCUUUCCAGCUUAAAGUCUCUUAUGUCUUAAAUCCUUUGCAAUGGGAAAGAAAACUAGCUUUCUACACGGCACAAUGCAUAUAGAGAGAAUGGAUUAGCGGCUAUUUACUCAAAUAAAGUCAAACCAAAAUGUUUAAGCAAAUAAACUUUAUGGCUUUUUUCUUGGUCCGUUAAAGCGAGGUUUAAAUCUCUUCGGACAAUGGUCUUUGUUUGAGAGCCAGCUUAAUUAACUUAGUUUGUUUGUUUGUUGUCCUCCUCCUUUCUGAUUUUACAGCACAAACUGCUUUUCUCUGUUUUGACGCCUCUCUUGUCCGAUUUCCUAAAUGUAAUGCAGUGAAAAUCAAACUAAUCUGAAAGAAUUAAAUUGUGUUUCAUGUG